AGCGACAAGUAUCUAUUUACUCAACCAGGAAGCUCUGACGUGUUUUGCACACGGCACGCACUUAUCUCGCAACGCAGGGCCCAGCCAAGCGUACACCAGACGGCAAUCGGUAUUUAGGAUACUGCUUUGACAUCGUUCGCUCAGGUCUCACCAACUUAAGUCAUGGCAGACGAUAAAACUCCCGGGGGAAUGAACCAACCACCCCCUGUUGCCUACCCCCAAGGAGCUCCCCCGCCCUACGGCCAGGGACCCCAACCACAACCUUACCCCCAAGCUGGAGGCUACCCCCAGGCCGGUGCCUACCCCCAAGGACAACAACAGACAACCGUGGUGUUACAACAGCCUGGCUAUGGCAUCGGUCCUGUCCCCGGGUCCGCCAUGCGGUACCGCACCGCCCCCGCCCUCAUCAUCUGCCAGCACUGUAACGCCACCGUGACCACAACUAUGACGUAUGAGACUGGCCUUCUCACCUGGGCUGCUGCCGGACUCAUCUGUCUAUUUGGGUGCUGGCUUGGGUGUUGCCUCAUUCCCUUCUGCGUGGACGCCAGCAAAGACGUGAACCACUCCUGCCCCAACUGUCAGCAGAUAGUGGGAAAAUUCCGUCAAUUCAGUUAGAAGUCGGGAUUCUUCGUUCCUUUACGUGGCCUUAUUUCCAAUGGGAUUUCAAUAUAGGAUUGUCACAUCAUUUCCUAUUCAUGUCGAUUAAACCGAUGCACACAUCGUCUGACCAGAACAUUGAUACAACUUGUCAUAUAAGGCCACGCUGAAUUCCCUCGCAUAGACAACAUCGGUAUUGGCGAUAGUGUAAACGCCACGUUCACAAUAAUAAUACAUGCGUUAUAGAUCUAUAACAUAUCUACAUAUAUUUAUGCAUAUUGGUCAUAAAAUGAAAAUCCACAUUUAUAUUGUCAUGUUAUCGUUAAGAUAAUGAUCUGAAAUGGUGCAGCCAUGCAUUGAAAUAUAUCAACUCUCAUCUUACCCCUACGAAUAUAGACACCAGCAGUAUAUGCAAAAUCUACGUGACCUAUAUUUUACUAACACCAGUGUAUAUUCCAAUGUACGCAUCUGUUUUCAGCAUAAUUUAUUCCCGACGUUGUCUUUUCCCACACUAUACACUCCAAUUAUUCAAAAAAGACUUGCGUAUAUACGUGUAUAAUUACUUCUUGGUUCUUUUAAUCAGUGGAAAACUUUGUUAUUAGAGAUCUUGUUAAGAUACGUUUGAAUAUUUGCAACUUUUUUGUUGAUCCAUAAUACACAUUCUUACCCGGAGGUAAAAAGGAAGGUACAUGCGUCUUAUAGGGAGUGUGUGUGUGUGCGUGCGUGCGUGCGUGCGUGCGUGCGUGCGUGCGUGUGUGUGCGCUUGGGGGUAAUGGGUAGCUGCUAAUGCAGACAAUGAGUUUUGUAUUUUUAUUACAAACUAAUUAUUUGUUUUUCGGAAUUGUUUUCCAAAGUGAGAGAUGCGGAUGACGAUUCAGCUGUUGGUACUGCAUGGUGAGAACAGUGCAUUAUGGAUAUCAUUCUGGUCUGAGCCCAACACCAAUAGGGUAGCUAUGUUGCUAUAUAAUAUUAUACAGCUAAGUAAGCAACACCGUUAAAUUAUUACCAAAAAUAACAGUUUAUUAUUCGAAACAAAAUUGAGGAUAUCCCGAAAAACAAAUAGCCAAGUCGUAUAACCUAGGCAUGAAAACCAGCAGGUAAUAUGUUUUUACAUAGAUUUGUUUUAAAUAUAUAACAAAUGAUUUUAUAAAAUUGUUGAAGAUUAUAUGUGAAGUACAGAAUGACUACUUAAUACCAUGAGUGUACGCCUGUGGUGGUGGAAACUGUGCGUACUAUCGUUUUCUUCUGUUUGGAGUGUGAUCAAUGAGAAUGUACACUUGUGUCUAUAUCUACCUGUUUUGUGAUAUUUGUAUAUAAUGAAAUUGAUGGUCAACUAUUGUGACUGAAUUGUUUUAUAAUAAAAUCUGUCUUUCCA